GUGUUUGGACGGAUCCACCGCGUUUCGUGCUUGACGGCAUUGGGGUGCACAGGCCGUUGCUCGAUGAUAUUGCUGCCACAGCCUCAGCUGCCAGCUCGAUCACAGGAAUUGAGCCAGCUGAGGUAGAGUUACUUUGCACUAAGGUGGCGGUCUACGGGGAGGUAUGCAGCAGGACUCAGGAGGCGGCAAGGACGGGAUGGAGAAAUUGGUUGCUGGCUAAUAUCGACAAAG